AUGUCAGGAUUUCCGGCGGAGUUCGGCAUGUUCUUGAACUACUGCAAGCACCUUCGCUUCGAAGAGGCCCCAGACUACAUGUACUUGAGACAGCUGUUCCGCAUCCUGUUCCGAACCCUCAACCACCAGUACGACUACAUGUUCGACUGGACCAUGCUCCGACAGCAGAGGUCAGGUGGACAAGAGCCAGUUCCCACGCAGAGUUCCCAGGCUAUUGCCAGCUCAAACAACGGAGCAAAAGCUGCUCAUUCAGACCAAAGAAAUUGAGUUAUCGUCACCUCAGUUCCUCCAGAUUUAUUAGUUAAUGUUUUUAAACAAUAUACAGACUGAAUGGUGCUCUCAAAUGAGGAAAUUCAGUAUGAAAGAACACCGAAAGAAACAAGCACUCGUCUCAAUACAGCAC